AUGGGGUCCCGUCCCGUGCAUAAAACCCCCUCGCCUUGGACGUUUAAACUCGGCACGACUACGACUGCGACGGACGUCCUCGCCCCGGUUUUCGUCUUCGUCUCCGUCUUCGUCUUCGUCUUCGCCCCCGCACCGUCGCCAGCGCCGCAGAAUCGUCGCCAGAUUGCCAAACUCCCACUUUGCCACUUUACCAUCAUGAGCCACGCGGCCAUGGACCACGGCGGCCACGGCCACGACGGCAUGGAGGACAUGUGCAGCAUGAGCAUGCUCUUCACAUGGGACACGACCAACCUCUGCAUCGUCUUCCGCCAGUGGCACGUCCGCUCGACGCCCGGCCUCCUCUUCUCGCUGGCCGCCGUCGUCGUCCUCUCCAUGGGCUACGAGGCCCUGCGCGCCCUGUCGCGGCAGUUGGAGGCACGCGUCGACAGGCGCUUGUCCGCCAUGCCUCACGAUGAGCAAGUCACUGAGAUCACUCCCUUCCUCGCGCCAGGGUCGAGCCAUCCGGACGCCAGCAGGCGGGGGCACCUUGUCAAGGCCGUCUUCUACGGCCUUCAGAACUUGUACGCCUUCAUGCUCAUGUAA